CCACCUCUCAGGACUCCCAGCCCUCUGCUCCUGGCCCUCCCACACACACCCACCAUCCUCCUGUCCCAUCCUAGGUCUUGUUUCCUAAGGGCAGGGUUGCACUCUCACAUUGCCAUGGUGACCCCCACCCAUCACCCCGGGGUUAGCCCGGGUCCUGCUGCUCAGGCGGCCUGACCUUGUCCCUGCCCCAGCCCUGAGCAGGAAGGAGAGUUUCCUGCUCCUCUCCCUGCACAACCGCCUGCGCAGCCGGGUCCACCCCCCCGCGGCCAACAUGCAGAGAAUGGACUGGAGCGAGAGCCUGGCCCAGUGGGCUCAGGCCAGGGCGGCCCUCUGUGGUGGCCCGGCCCCAAGCCCGGUGUCGGCUCCCUGGGCCGCCCCACAAGUGGGCUGGAACGUGCAGCUGCUGCCGGUGGGCUCAGCGUCCUUUGUCCACGUGGUGGGCUUGUGGUUCGCAGAGGGGCAGCGGUACAGCCAUGCAGCAGCAGAGUGUGCCCGCAACGCCACCUGCACCCACUACACUCAG